AUGGGACAUGUCGAUUUCUUCUCGAGUACGGCAAUGGAGAACAAUCAGCAAUCGGGUAAACUAACAACACAACAAUCUGGGGAAGGUGAUAUCGACAGAAAAUCUGUGGGAGAUAUUGAAAACCCCCCAGUUGCUACAAAUGCCGAAGCAAGCCAAGGCCAAUAUUUGACUGGUGCUAAAUUGGCGUUAGCAUUCGUUGGAAUGUUACUAUCGAUCUACUAUACCGAUUUGGCAAUCCUAAAUAUUGACAUGCGCCUAGUGCUCGUCGCCCUCGAUCAGACAAUAGUAGCAACCGCCCUCCCCAAAAUUGCUUCGCACUUUGAUGCACUUUCCCAAGUCAGUUGGAUCGUCUCGGGGUACUUCCUUACACAAGCAGGCCUCCUUCUUCUUUACGGCCAACUACUGAUCGUCGCAUCUACCAAAUGGAUCUACGUUGCGGCUGUAUUAAUUUUUGAAAUAGGCUCGCUUUUCUGUGCGGUAGCUCCGUCUGCCGAGUUUUUGAUCUUCGGCCGAGCGGUGGCAGGCACGGGCGCUGCCGGCAUCUUCAUCUCUAUUUUAUCAAUCAUAGCUCAAGUUACAAGACUCGAAGACCGGCCAUUACUGUUUGGAUUGUUUGGCGCGGUUUUUGCCGUUUCGUCGCGGACUUUGGAUUUUGUGAUCGGUCUUCGGCCUGCAUUGCGACGGGACCCAGACUACGCAAAACUUGCCACUGAAGAGGAUGUUCAUCCACCGAAACUUAACCGUGGACUAGCUUAG